AUGGAAUGCUUGCGCAACAACUUUCAGAAUGGCGUUGUACUUGGUGGGAGAUAUAAAACAAUCUCUCCCCUCAAUCAUGGCUCCUUUGGCAUGGUCUUCAUGGCCGAGGACAUUGAAACCCGGCGAAAAGUUGCAAUCAAAUGCAUGACUAAGAAAUCAGCUGCAACCAACGACUGCGGUAUCGAAUUUGCCGUCGACGAAAAGUCCGAGGAACUCUUCUGCCACCGCCGUGUGUCAGAUCACCCCAACAUUGUCAACCUGAUCGACCAGUUUGAGACGGAAGCCCAUGCCUACCUGGUUCUCGAAUACUGCUCGCAGGGUGAUCUCUACGAGGCCAUCCGUACCGGUUACGGACCGUUGGAGACCGAGCACGUCCGAAGCUUCAUGCUUGAGCUUGUCGAUGCUGUAUCCUACAUGCACUCCAAGGGUAUCUACCACCGAGAUAUCAAGCCCGAGAACAUCUUCUUGUCCGAAUCUGGAUCCAUGAAGCUGGGUGACUUUGGCUUGGCUACCACUGAGAAGUGGUCCUAUGAGAUGACUGUCGGAAGUGAUCGUUACAUGGCCCCAGAGCAAUAUGACUCUGCUGGUGCAGGCUACUCCCCAGCUCAGGCCGACAUUUGGGCCAUUGGCAUCUGCCUGUUGAACAUUCUGUUCUCCCGCAACCCAUUCACCACUCCCACCGAGGCUGAUCCUCUCUUCCUCGACUUCUCGCGAGACAAGCAGUCGCUGUUUGAUGUCUUCCCCACCAUGUCCAUGGACACUUACGAGGUCAUUGUUCAGUGCAUGAACAUGGAUCCCGCCAAGCGAUCUCUCGUUGGUGCCAAGAAGGCUCUUCGCGAUGUUGUCAGCUUCACCACUCUCGAAGAGGAAGAUGAUGACUUCUGCGGCCUUGACCGUCAACCCAUGGCCACAGCCAACCGUGAGCCUCUGCGCACUCCCUCCAUCCAGAGUCCCCAGAUGGACCAGGGUGCCUUCCCGUGGUCCAAGGCUCUGCAGGCCCCGAUCCGUCAACUCAGUGUCAUUCCCGACAACGAGAGCUAUACCGAAGAGCUUUUCCCCAAGUCUGAAGACACCGUUGAUUGGAUGUCACAGCCUUCCAUUGCUUCCGUCAUGACUUCCAACUUUGGUGCUUCGAUGAACUCUUUCAAGCUGAGCCAACCCCUCGACGUCCCAAGGAAACCAACCAAGGUCUCUCCCAUGGCCGGUUCCCUUCCCAUCUCCAUGGCUCCGAAGCCCAAGGCCAACCUUGGUGCCAUGUCCAUGGUUUUUGGUCGCUCAAAGGACGUUGUCAGCAAGAGCUGGUCAGAUAUGUGGGAGGAAGAUGAGGAGGAGGAUGAAGCAGAACAGGCUCGUCAGCUUCAAGCGCUCAAGGAACUCAACUCUAGAACUUGGAGCCAGGACAGCAAGGAGAAUGCUACGCCCCGUCCAGAUGAGAUGCCUCUGGAAUCUGUAUCUCAGGCGCCAGCGCUUGACGAGAAGCCCGCGGCUUCUGCACAGGAUACGUUUAAUGUCGAUGGUGACUUGGCCAGUGACUUUUUCUUCCACGAGUCGGAUCCCAUCAACAUUGUCAAGCCCAUCGCCACCAACAAUCAUGCUGUCCACACUCCGUCCAAGCCAGACAAGUGGACCGCCCUCGGCGAACGUCGCCGAGCAUAUGCUGGCUCUUCACCCGAACAGAAGUCGCCUAACAACUUUGCCAAGUCGUCUCAUCAUCAGUACGGGUCUGCAACGAAGAAGCAGUUUGGAGUAGGAAACGGUGAGAUCACCGAUAAUGGUUUCAACAAGUGGAACAAGGAUCGCAACACACCACGCGAUUGCCCUUGGAACAAGGGCCGAGACUGGACCUGGCGCAAGGAUCGCCAGGACAGCCUCUUUGGGUGGGUUGGUUGGCGCCAGGCGACUCAGGCUCACUAG